GUUAAAUACAACUGUACUUAAGUAAUGGAAUCCUCAUCAGCAACCUCAUCCAAUGCUAAAAAAAUCUACAAGGAAAACCACCCAGGAAACCUCAGAACAAAAAUAUUGCCAAAAUCAGAACUGAAAUCCAAUAUUCCAAAGCCAGUGCCCUAUGUUAGAGUAAGAAGAGAACCUCGUUCAAAAAGCUGUUCCUCUGCUUGUUUCAAGACUACUUCCUCAUGCUUUGGUAAUGUGAAUGUUAGAAAUCCAACAUUUAGAGAAAAACUGUCACAAAAUUCUUGCAAGAGUCCUCUCCGAGCACAUUCUCUACCUUCCACAAACAGUUGCAGAAACCAGUACUCAAAAAUAAAACCCAAGAUUGAUAACAGUACACCUCUCUCUCUAAUUACUAAAAGAAACCAUUUGAACGGUCUCUUGGAUCACAGAAGAAAAGGAAAUUCUGUAGUUGAAGAACCUCCUGGGGAUCAUAAGAUCAAAGGAAACUCUCUUAGAAGUAAUAAGCUGGAAAAGAAGAAGCACUCUUUAACUUCCCAAUAUGAAUUUGAAAGUUAUCAGCCUUCAUUGGUUCCAAGUGCUGCUGAUGGUAUUCGUAUUUUUCAAAAAGAAGGCAUUCUUAGUAUUUUGGAAGAGCCUAAAAGCUGUCUGUUUAAAGAAAGUGCACCAAAGCUCUUAUCAUAUUUUGAGAGACAAAUAGAAAGAGUUUCUGAAAUGUGGCGUAUGCUGAUUUGCGACUUGAUUGUAACAAAACCGACUGUCAGUGAAAAGGCAACAACCCUACUACCCCUGCAUGGAUCUAAGAUGGAUUGGAAGUCCGUCAUCCACAAGUUUCUGGAGGAAUUACCAAGUCCAGGUGAAAAAUUUCAAAGACAGUUGUUCAAAAUAGAAGAAGAGCAGAAGAAAGUAAUACAAGUUUUGAUACAGGAUGUAGUAUCCUUGAUAAAAGAACACAAGGAACUUAAAAUAAAUCAUUGUAAUCUCAAGGAAACUUCUGAACAGAACGAAUCAAGGCUGAAGGAGGAGUUGGCCAUUCUUGGGCAAGAAAAUACAGAGCUUGAUAAGAAGUUCAUAUCUGCAAUAGAGAGAAUUGAGCUGGAGAAAUCGAAGACAGAAGAAAUGGAGAAGAAUCAGAUGGAAAUACUAAAGAAGCUAUUUGAGUUGAGAAAAGUUGUCAAGCUUAUUGAAAAGAAAUUCUCAGAGCUGGAGAGAAGAAGUGAGAAUGUUGAAACUACUCGGAGAAAACUUGAAGAGAGUGUAAAAAAAUUGGAAACAAAAGAUAUAAAUGAAACUAAAAAAUAUGAAGAUCUAUUGAAAAAACAUGCUGAAUCACAAAACUGUGUUUUGAAACUGAAACAACAACUAAAGGAGGGUGAAAACACCAAAUUGUCAUUAGAAAAGAAAUUAAAAGAAUACGAAAAUGUCAUGGCAAACAAGAAAGCUGCUCUCGAAAACAGUUUGCAGGAAAGAACUCAACUGGAAAAGAAGGUUGCUGACAAAGACAAGAAGAUAAAAGAACUGAUUGCAGAAAUAAAUUUAUUGCAGCCAAAGAAGACGUUAUGCGAAAAUAAGAAAUUGUCAGAUCAUAAAAGCAAUGUGGAAUUAAUGAAAAAUCUAGUUAGUGGUGCUGAUAGAAGAAAUGUUCAGAUUCAAGAAUUUAGGAAAAAAAUAAACCGCCUUGAACAUAUGAUCAGGGACAAAUCCAACAGAGAAGAAAAAUUACUAUCUUAUGCUACAAAGUUGACCAAGAAGUGUAAUAACAAGUGUUCAUCAUUUAAUAACCAGAUCAAAGAGCUACAGAGUUCUGAAAAAACUUUGCGUAACCAAGUGUCCGAAUUGGAAAGGGUCUUGGGCCAAAAAACACUAGAGUUGCACCAGCGAGAGAGAUUGGUCAAAGAACUGAAAGAACUGAUCAGAUUGAAAAAUGAAUGCGAAGUGUCCCUGUGGAAGUGUAGAAAACGGGAUGACAAUUGUAAACUGUUGUCUGAGGAAUCAACACCUAGUCUAAAGACGAUUGAGGUAUUUAAUUUACUUGCACUCAAACACAUGGAAAUAAUCAAGCUGGAUAGACGGAUAUCGGGGCUCCAAAAUAUUCAAAAUGAGGAUUGGAAAAGUGGAAAAGAAGUCAUACAAGCAAACGAAGCAGAAAAAAACUAACAGUUGAAGUCUGGUUUAAAAAGAUGAACCUGAGAAGACAUUUAGGAACAUUUAAAUUUUGUCAGAAGCCUUAAUAACACUGUCAAAACAUUCAAAAUUUGAUCUGUGAAUGGUUUUGAAGUUUUCUGACAGUUAUAGUUUAAAAUUAAAAGAAUAGAAAAAC